CCACAGAAAUCAGUAAAACAAAAGAAAAUAAAUAAAUAUAAUCCACAGAAAGAUGAAACAAGUGGGCGAUUCCGACAGAAGCCACUCUCUUCUCAGCCUCAUGUAACCUUAAAAACUACGAAUUUCUCUAAUAUAAACCAACCACCAUUCGCCACGUGUCCAGUCCCAUUCCUCCUCCUCACACACCUCUUGAGUCCGUUAAAGGCCGCUCCUUUAUGUUAUCCACACGACCCAUCGUUUUGGCUCUGACUCUAUUUCACUACAAUUUUUUAAUAUACGAGUUCACAGAUUUUGUAGCUAAUAAAUCCACAGAGAUUUUCUCUCUUUCUUGAUCACAGUUCAAUCAUACACUCUAUUCUCAUCUCUUUCUUAGCUCUCAUUGAGGUCAAAACACUUUUUGGUAGCUUUAGUUCGGUGAGAAGUUUCAAGUUAGAAUCUUGAUUUGGUUAGCUCAAAAUAUGAGUUUAGGUGCUUUGAUGGAAGAGAAGAGAAGAGCAACAACUUCAUCUUCUUCUUCUUCUUCUCAGGUACAUAUGUCUAAUGAUAUAGAUUGGCAAAUGCUUGAUAAAUCGAGGUUUUUCUUUCUCGGUGCUGCUCUUUUCUCCGGUGUGUCCACUGCUCUUUACCCUAUUGUAGUUCUCAAAACAAGGCAACAAGUCUCUCCGACUCGUGUCUCUUGCGCCAACAUUUCUCUGGCUAUUGCUAGACUUGAGGGUCUAAGAGGGUUUUACAAGGGGUUUGGAACAUCUUUGCUUGGAACUAUCCCGGCUCGUGCUCUCUAUAUGACAGCUCUAGAGAUUACGAAGAGUAGUGUAGGUCAAGCAACUGUUAGUUUAGGAUUGUCGGAUACUACGGCUUUGGCUGUUGCUAAUGGUGCAGCUGGUUUGACCUCGGCCGUUGCUGCUCAGGUUGUCUGGACCCCGAUUGAUGUUGUGAGUCAACGGCUUAUGGUUCAAGGCGAUCUUUCCUUGAGUAAGCAUAUUCCUGGAGUGAUGAAUUCUUGCAGAUACAGAAAUGGGUUUGAUGCUUUUAGAAAGAUUCUUUACACAGAUGGACCAAGAGGGUUCUACAGAGGAUUUGGGAUCUCGAUCUUGACUUACGCGCCUUCAAAUGCCGUAUGGUGGGCGUCCUAUUCUUUGGCUCAAAAAUCAAUUUGGUCUCGAUACAAGCACUCCUACAACCACAAGGAAGAUGCUGGUGGCUCAGUGGUGGUUCAGGCGUUGAGUGCAGCUACAGCAAGCGGUUGCUCGGCUUUAGUAACUAUGCCAGUAGACACAAUCAAGACGCGGUUGCAAGUCCUAGACACAGAAGAGAACGGGAGGAGACGAGCAAUGACAGUGAUGCAGUCGGUGAAGAGUUUGAUGAAGGAAGGAGGAUUUAGGGCUUGUUACAGAGGAUUGGGACCAAGGUGGGUCUCAAUGUCGAUGUCCGCAACAACGAUGAUCACAACCUACGAGUUCUUGAAGUGCCUGGCAACAAAGAAGCAGAAAUGAUAUAUGAUAAAUCAUUUAUAGUCUCAGUUUCUCCAAUCCCUGUUGUGUUAAGACGAAGAAACCAAAUGAUAAAACUAACCAAAAUACUUUGAUUGA